CUUACACUGCUGAUCCUCUGGAAUUUGAGAUCAUGCCAAACAAAGCCCAGGAGGAUGCUGUAAUUAACCUGAAGACUCUGCAAGAGAUUUCCACACAGCUUGGUUUUGAGUGGACAGUUUUGGCGUACGAGCUUGGCUUUAGCAGAAGUGAGACAGCACGUUUCCACGCCAAAUCCACAGAGAAGGUUGUCCAGGCUAGGACCAUGUUAGAAAGCUGGUAUCAGAAGUCAUGGGAUAAGCCCAAUAAGACCAAGGUUCUGCAGAACGGGCUGGAGCGAGCAGGCAGACGGGACCUGGCUGAGAGGCUGCGCUGCCUCCACUGGGGCCACCAGAAGCUGAGUCGGAGGGUUGAGCUGCCCUCUGCCUUCCCCUUCAUAAUCACAGUCCAUAAAACCAUCCACAACAAAGACGCACUGCGCAGGAUCAAUGAACUAAACCGUAAAUGCACCUAAAGCUAAAGGUCCAAGUAGUAGCAAUUACUUUAUACCUUGUUUUGAAGCAUAUAGUCGGCUAGUAUAUGCUGCGCCCUGUAAGUAACAUGAAAUACAUGUUUUUAGCUUUAUUGGAUGAACAAAUGUGAAACAUGGGCUAUGUACACAGUCAUGCAACCUUUUGUCUUGUAUUAUAACAAAGCUUGGCAAUAAAGAAGGCACACUUGUUUCUUA